GUCUGCGGUAAGCAUCCGGGUACUUCAUAGUUGAAAAUCCAAGAUGGAGGAAAUAGGAAUUACUGUUCAAAGUCAGGAUUCAAGCCGACCCACGACUGCUGCAAGCAAUUCUUUGUCCACUGUUGACCCUAAUGUAGAUGAUCUUUAUGCAAAAUACAAGAAGCUUCAAAAACAACUGGAGUUUUUAAAAGUUCAGGAAGAAUACAUUAAGGAUGAACAGAAAAAUCUCAAAAAGGAGCUGCUACAUGCACAAGAGGAAGUGAAACGCAUCCAAUCUGUUCCUCUGGUUAUUGGUCAGUUUUUGGAAGCUGUCGAUCAAAACACAGGAAUUGUUGGCUCUACAACAGGGUCAAACUACUACAUUCGCAUACUCAGUACCAUAGACCGGGAACUUUUGAAACCAAGUGCAUCUGUGGCUCUCCAUAAGCACUCCAAUGCACUUGUUGACGUCCUUCCUCCAGAAGCUGAUAGCAGUAUAGCAAUGUUAACCGCUGAUGAGAAGCCAAAUGUAGCCUACUCGGACAUUGGUGGAAUGGAUAUACAAAAGCAAGAAAUGCGAGAAGCUGUUGAGCUCCCUCUUACACAUUUUGAGCUCUACAAACAAAUUGGUAUUGAUCCACCACGCGGCGUUCUUAUGUAUGGUCCCCCAGGAUGCGGCAAGACCAUGUUAGCCAAGGCAGUUGCUCAUCACACAACAGCUGCCUUCAUUCGUGUUGUGGGCUCAGAAUUUGUCCAAAAAUAUCUUGGUGAAGGACCCAGGAUGGUUCGUGAUGUAUUUCGCCUGGCUAAAGAAAAUGCACCAGCAAUAAUUUUUAUAGAUGAGAUUGAUGCAAUUGCUACUAAGCGAUUUGAUGCACAAACAGGAGCUGACAGAGAAGUUCAGAGAAUAUUGCUUGAGCUGUUGAAUCAGAUGGAUGGCUUUGACCAGAAUGUAAAUGUCAAGGUCAUCAUGGCCACAAAUCGUCACGACACUCUUGACCCUGCAUUGUUACGUCCUGGUCGACUGGAUCGUAAGAUUGAAUUCCCCUUGCCAGAUAGAAGACAGAAACGUCUGAUCUUCUCCACCAUAACAGCUAAGAUGAACCUGUCAGAAGAAGUUGAUUUAGAGGAUUAUGUUGCGAGACCAGACAGAAUAAGUGGAGCUGAUAUCAAUGCUAUUUGCCAAGAGGCUGGCAUGCAGGCAGUACGAGAAAAUCGCUAUGUCAUCCUAGCUAAAGAUUUUGAGAAGGGCUACAAGAACAACGUAAAGAAAGAUGAAACAGAACAUGAGUUUUAUAAGUAAUGUUAUCUGUGUACCAAGAACUGAUACUUCUCACUGUCAAUAAAUGCUGAUGUCUGAGGGCUGCAAGAACAACAUGAAGAAAGAUGAAACACAACAUGAGUUUUAUUAGUAAUGUUAUCUGUGUACCCAGGACUGCUACUUCCCAUUGUGAAUAAAUGCCGGUUACUUGUGUA